AUGUCCACGAUGGUGCAUCAUGAUGUCCAAGCCGACUCAGACCUAGUACUACUGGUAGCACUCACCGGGUCUAAGUCAACCAGUGUGACUCGGAGGUUCGCACAAGUUGACUCUUCGGAGUCGGUUGAGCCCGCUGGACAACUUGAAACUCAAGUUGGACCGUCACAUUCAUUGGAAUCUGUCGUCAUGAUGAGUCCGAUUCAAACAAGAGGGACUCAGAGAGAAAGCCCUUUCGCAAUCAAUGGUGACUAUCCAGGUCACACCAGCCUAGAUGACUCAAACUUGCCGCCAAGACUUGGUACUAGUAGUAUCCGUGCCCCAACUUCCCCUCAAACUGCUCUUUCCCCCACUUCCAACACUUUGAAAAUCAAAGGCACAGUCUGUGUGUUCAGCGAGUCUGAACGUGACUUGGACGAAUCAAGAAGUUGUAUCUCACCAACUCGGAGUGCCAGUCCUGUGCCAACAGUGAAGCGCGUCAUGAUCCAUAGGGAGAAGACGGGUACUGACUGGCAGUCGGUCUUCAAUGUUGUCAAGUAUGGUGAAGAAAAACGAGCAGCCAUGGUUAUGAGGGAAAUGGGGGCAGAAACGGAUGAUAUGAUGGGGCCGUCACCAUGA